AUGAAUCCAAAGAAUUUAUCAGAGGGAACUGUAUGCCAAACAUAUUCAGUUAGAAUUGAAUGUAAUGUAGCAGAUUCAGAAGAUGAUAGAGAGAUGGUUAUAGUCCCAUUAAUAUUAGGACAAGGAACAGAUUGGGACAAAAUCAACCCAGAGAUGUUUCAAAUUAAAGACAUCAAUAUAACAAUUAAUUCAUAUUAUCAAAAUAAUAUGAUGGUAAAUCAAAGUAUUGAGUGGUAUAUAUCAGGAGACUAUCCAAUGUAUGUCCAAGCAUUCGCAGGAAAUACAUAUAACGAAGGAGAUGCAACAAAAAUGAAUGAAUUAAUCUUUACAGGAAUAUAUUUAUCAGCAAAAAGAAAGAAGAAAGAAGGAGUUGAAGAGAAACAUAAUUGUAAAGGAAAGAUGCAACAUAAACCAGAACCAAGUGAAGAUAACAAGUAUGUAGAUACGCCAGUAGGAGGAAAGUUAAUUUUGAACUAUCAAGCAUUUAUUAGAGCAGAGAUUACAAUUGCCUAUACAAGAAAGCCAUACUAA